UUUUGUUUGCGAUUCUGGCACAAACGUUUCGCGUGGGCGGGGUUUUCUAGGGGCUGUCCCCAUUGGCUAAUUGGGUAUUGAGCGGCAGCUCUGUGCUCCGGAAGUUGUUCUGUAAAACGGGCGCGCAAUUUUCAGUGUGGGGGACGCUCUGACCGGCGGCGGCAGCAGCGGCGGAGGCGGACAUCAGAGCACAACAGAUCGAUAAAAACGUAACAACUGGGAGAUCUGAGUAGGACCCGAGACUACCAUGCAGUCCCAGCAAGGUUCUACACCUGUUACUGAGGCUGCUGCAGCAUCUGUACAGAACAUACUUUCAAUUUUGAACCAGUCACUGGGCAAGGCCAGCACAGAUAACAACAAGGAACAGAAUUCCGGGAAGCAUCCAAGCAUGGAUCAGGAAAUGGCCAGGUGUUUUCCUGGAUUUUUUAGACGGGGGUCAAAGCGAUGUGCAGUAAGCUUGAAUAAACCAUCAAAGGUGGCCAAAGAAUGGAAGCCAUUUAAUUUUACAGUUUUCCUUGUUCACAAAAGCUGUGAGACAACACCCUCACCAGUUCAGGACCUGGAGCACAUGCAGGCUGGGAUGGGGAAAAGAACCCUUUUCAUGCCUAAAGACAUGAUUCAUUCAGAGGUCUCUGACUUGUUUAAAAUGACAUAUCCAAAAAUGGAAAAAAUCACUGGAGGGUGGCUGUUGUACAAAGCAGCUGGUGGAAAUGGAAAACGACCUCUAUCUGUAGUACCUCCUGAAUCUGAGGGUUACACAGGAAGCAUAAUUAAAAGUGCCUCUGGAGGGGGGAAAACCAUGCUGUACAUUGUCCCAUUACAAGAGGAAUUUGAUUUACGGCCUCUUCCCUGUGAUUCUCAGGAAUUUUCACGCAUGCCAAAGGCUGAAUGCAAAAUGUGUCUUAAAAUUUUGCCUUUGCAGCUCCUUGCACUCCAUGUGAAGCAGUGUAAAGCACUGGAAUAUGACACACUUUCAGAUUCUGAACCAGAGAUAACUGAGGUGCCCACUUCUGAAAAGAAUCCAUCAGAUAAUUCCUGCCCCAUAUGCCAGAAACACUAUCCAGCAGAAGAUCUUGAACUACAGGUGUAG